CACUUGUGGAAAAUAAAGUAAUGCUCAAUGAUGACAUUCAAGGGUCCGCUUUGAGGUCUAAAGGUUCUGAAGCUGUUAUCUCGGGAGAACAGACUGCUUUGAAAGAAGCAGCUCCAGAGACUGUUCAAGUUCCAGAAAAUCGAAAGCAAGUGUUGACAGGUGUGCUGAACCUGAACUCCACAAGCAAGGCAUCUGAGGUCAACGAAACUUCAAGUGAACCAAAUCUGAAGCAGGACUCUACAAGUAAAACAUCCGAAGGUAGUGAAACUGCAGCGGAACCGAGUCUAAUUUCAUGUAAUGAAGCUGCAGGUGAACCUAAACUGGAAACUACUAACCAGACAAACCCCAUUAAUGAAACCCAAGCUCAGCCAAAACCGAGUUCUACAAGUCAGCCAAUCCCGGUUAGUGAAACCCCAAGUGAGUUGAAACCAGACCCUACAGGCCAGCCAACCACAGUUAAUGAAACCCCAAGUGAGCUGAAACAGGGUUCGAUGGACCAGGCAACCCCAGUCAAUGAAACUGUAGGAGAGCUGAAGCUCGACUCAUCAAGCCAGAUAUCACCUGAGCCUCGAUCUGACCUGGGUAGCGAUAAGGCAGAAGCUCAAAAUGAUUCUGAUCAGAUCAAGUUCAGUGCUUCAGCAGCAGCAGCAGCAGCAGCAGCAGCAACCCAAGGUUUGAUAUCUCAGGAAGUUGAAACCAAUCCAGUAGGCAAUGAGGGAAGCCCAGUGCCAUUUAGCGGCGGGUUUUAGGAAAUUUAGGUAGUGGCCAUGGAAAGGCUUUAUUUUGUGUCGCGUGGCCUUUUUUGAGAUGUAGUAAAUGUUUUCAGCUGUCUAAUAUUUUGGCGCUUGAUGUAACCUCACAGGUUCAGUUAACGUCGUUGUAGUUUACUUUUCUUAUGUUAAAAGUAGGCAGUCUUGUUAACAUGUUGGUCGACAUCAAUAAUAUUUUCACCUUUUAGUUGCUGCAA